UUAAAAUAAUGACAAUAUUGUGUGAAAUCGUUUUUGAACGAAAUCCAUUGAAAGUAUUUUAUUCAGGCCGACCGUUAUGUGGUUACGUGCAUUUAGAGUUGAAAAAUCAUCAAGAUAUUCACGGUAUUCAUAUCAAACUCAAUGGAAUUGCAUUAGCAAGCUGGAAAAUUGGCCAAACUAUUCAACGAUACACAGAAGAUUGUUUGAAUUAUCAAACAUGUAUUCUAGGUGAAUCCCAUUUGAUUGCUCGAAAGUAUAAAUUUCCAUUCCAAUUGCCACUACCAACAAAACUCCCAUCAUCGUUUGAAUCAGAAGACGAAUUUAGUUUCAUUCGAUAUAACGUUACGGUUUUAAUGGAUAUUCCAUUUCAGGAAAUCAAAGAAUUAAAUGAACGAGUUACAAUUCGUCGAAUGAUUGAUGUCAAUGACCCAGAUCUAAAGAGAAAAGUAUCGGUGUGUGAUGGUUUCAAUCCGUAUUUUAUUCUGUCAUGUUUGCCUUGGUUUCCGGUGAAAAUCGAUGCUCACGUGGAGCUUGGCAUAUAUGCUUGUGGAACAGUCAUAGAUGUGGGAGUGAAUGUGACGAACACAAGUUUUCGCAAGGUACGGAAUUUCAUUAUACAGCUAAUCAAGGAGGUCGUUUAUUUUUCAUAUGAUCAAACGCGUAAACGGAAAUCAAUUAUAGUGUUGGGUGAGACAGGAAUGCGUGGCUGCAAUCAAAAUCAAAAAUAUCCUAUUUGUCUAGGAUGUCAAAUAAAAGUCCCUCAAACGUCUCCGUCUGACUGUUCCAGUAUGAUUAUCAAAGUUCGUCAUUUUAUUAAAAUAAUUGCCGUAAUGGGCCGAAAUUAUAAGCCAGCACUAGAAUUACCAAUUGUAAUCGCUGCUCUUUCGAAUGUUCAACAGAAUGUGUCACCAAUUUAAAUUAAAACUAAUUAAAAUACAACGUGGUUUGAAAAUUAAGGAAAACAAUGUUAAUCGCAACUUUUUAGUCCACGUCUAUCGGAGAAUUUCUUAAAUUCGUGCGUGUAUUUUCACCACAUUUUUUCAUUAUGAUUUACAAUCAAUUCAUAUACAGUUAUACACAGUGUGCACACUUAAAUAUUUAUAUUAAAUACAGAAACAGUUCAACGAAUAUUUUUAAAUGGUUGUAACACUAUCAACAACAACAAAUGACCACUGUGAUGUUUAGGUGCUGACCUUAAAAUCAAACAUUUAAAAAAAUAAUAUUUAUUUUGUAUGAGUGUUGAUAACAAUUGUAUACGUUUUUUUACUCGCUUAUCAAUUCAACUAAGAACAUGUCAAUUUGAAAGCAUGUUUGUCAUUCAUUUCCGUCCCAAUUCUGAUUUCUUUGAGUUACGUCCAUUUACGUUCACUAUUGUUACUGGAAUUUCAAUC